AUGGCGAGGGCAACAGCGCCGACGCAGACGACGACGGCAGAGGCUGGGGGCAAGCCAGGCGUCGAGUCGUUCUCGUACGUCGAGCCUGCAGCGCUCCGCUUCGUCGUCGACCUCCCCAUCGCUCCUGCGACACCCACACAGGGCCCCGCUGCCCUCCCCAGUGACGACGGCCCUUCGACGUCGACGGGCAGCUCACACGCCAGCGCUGGACAGUCUGCGGGCACGCCUGCUGCCAUGCCACCACAGUCUGGGAUCCACGGACUUGCGCCAGCACCCGCCCACGCGUCCAAACCGCCUCACUCGACCUACUCCUCGACGCCGACCCUCGCCUCGACAACUUCGCCAGACGCGACUGACGGGCUCGCGCGGACCAACAGCAAGGGCAGGAGGAGGCUCUCGGUCAGCCUGACCAACCUGCUCCACCCGGGAAAGAAGGACAGGCGCAGGACGGACGACUCGUCUUCGAUGGCAGGCAGCUUGACGCCCGGGUCGGUCUCUUCGCGCACGCUCGACGGGCGGGCGAGCAUGCAGAGCUCGAGGGCUGUGUCUGUCGCGUCGCCCACGGCCUCGCGCAGGACCAGCAUCGACGAGCACGCUUUCCCGGCGGCGGCGGACCCUCCUCGCUCACGGCGGUCACCCGACCUCGUCGACUCGCAGCUUCGACAGCAGGACACGGCCGUGCGGGACAGGUGGGGCUUGCUGGACGAGGGACGGGCAGCGAGCAACAGCAGCCAGGGGUCGCUCGACGCCGCGGCGACUAACUCGAACGCCUCGACUGCGCCAACCUCGCCGGACGUCCUCGCCUCGCAGGACUGCGACGAGGACGACUUUGUCUCGCCCGCCGAACGGAGGAGACGUGGCUCGCUUGCACUGGCGAAGCAGCUCAGCCAGGAUGGCCGAGACGACGAGACCGAAGACUUGACCGACUUCCUGCGCGCUUCGGGAUCUCCAUCCACGUCACCUGUACCGUACAGCGGACCCUUCGUCCGACGACCUUCCGGCGCUUCUUCUCCGACUCCGCCUUCCCUCGCAGCAUUCCCACCUCCUUCGUCGUCUACGACGGCUACUACAUCCGGCACCGCUUCACCCCCGCUUCACCCUCGCCGCUUGACCCGCAACAUCGAAGGUCUCUCCCUCAGCGACCUCCGCCGCAGUCCUCCUCCCGCGACGCCGCCUCCCAUGCUUCCUUCUGUCGCUGCUUCGCCCUUUACCGUCACGGCGGUCCCUCAACCCGAACCGCGGCCUUCUCGCGCUUCGUCGUCCGGCCGCGCACAACUCGGUGCGAUGCCUCGCCUCCUUUCGACCAACGCCAUCGCGACAAUCGGCUCGCUCGAAGACGAGCAAGAAGACUCCGAAUCUGGCUCAGACAGCGGAGACGGGUCGGACGAGGACGACGAAGGCGAGACGUACGAGACGAGCGACGAAGGACCUGUCACGACUCGCAGCCCGCUCGCUACGCCCGCUACCUCUCCUCCUCUCGCAUCGUCGUCGUCUUCUCAACCUCGCGCGCCUGGAUUCCGACCCUCGCUCUCGACCAACCCUUCGCUUCGUAACUCGCGCCUCCCCAGUCUCACUCACCUCGCGACAGCCGGUGCUUCCGCGUCGAAUCAGUCGAGCUGGGUCUCGUUCGGCACGGCAACUCCAACGCCCAGUACCGUCCGCGGUCUCCGUGCAGCAGGACCGACCAACGGUCCUUCGUACUUUGACCUCCCGCGCCCUUCGUCUUCCAGCACAGCCAAGACCCCGCUCGUACCGCCCCAGACUCCACUCAUGCCGAUGAGUAUCUCGGAGAUUGCGCGAGGGAAGAGGCCGGCGUUGCAGGAGGAUGUUGAGGCUGCUCAAGCGGGUCCUUCGACGUCCGAGGCGAGCGACCGAGCUGCGACAGGCCACGAUGGAGGCGUUCGAGGAGGGCUGUACAGGCUGAGGAGCCAGAGUGUCGUCCACCUCGCGAGUCCGAGUAUGGUCGACGAGGAGGACCAGCCGGUUGGGACGGCUGCUUUGACGGAACUCGACCCGGUUUGGAGGGUCGGCGCACCGGCGAAACAGCGCACGCCUGCUCCGUCGUUCCUCAGCUUCAACCUUAACCAGCAACCGCCUCAGUCGCCGACUACUUCCGUCGUCCAGGAUGCGGUCACGCCUACGCCUAAAACUCCCGCGCCGCUCGAUACCUCUGUUCGUCCCGCGCCGACUACUCCCGCUUCUCCUACCUCCAUCCUCGCCGAUUCGCCGACUGCAGCACGAUCGCGACCUGCGACGGGCACGCCUGGCGGCCACCGUCUCCACCGUACUCGGUCCAUGUACGAGCUGCGCGACGCCCCUCCGCCCUACAACGCCGUCUACCGCAAAGCGGGUCUCGGCGCACCUCAGAUCGUCCACCCACGCGAGGAAGAAGGUCGCGAGGGCUUGCCGCCGUACACCUGCGCGAUCCACAUCGAGGGCUACAUGCCUCGCAAGAUGGAGUUCACUGCGCCGGGCGUACAGGCGCGCGACCGAGCGUGGAAGAGGCAGUAUUUCGUGUUGCACGGGACGUCGAUCAAGAUCUACAAGUACGACUUGCGGACGCACCCGAUUCCGGGCGAGCAGGACUGGUCGACUGUGCCGGUCGACAUUGCAGGCCACGACGGGCCUCCGCCGCUGCACUUCCACGAAGGCGAGUACGGCGUCGGCAAGGAGCAGGCGGCGACUCACAAGUUCCCGCUGUCGAUCACGGACGCAAAAGCGAAGGCCAAGGACCGCAUCAUCACGAGCGCGACGGCGUCGGCGCAGAACUCGCUUGUCCGGCACUAUUCGCUGCAGAACGCAGAGUCGGGCCUCGCAGCCGACUACGUCAAGCGUAAGCAUGUUGUGCGUGUCCGGGCCGAGGGCGAGCAGUUCCUCCUCCAGGCCAAGGACGACCGGGGCGUGAUUGACCUCAUCGAGGCCCUUCAAGCCGCCACGAACGUCGCGCUCGACCUCGACGCCCGCCCGUUGCCCAAGUUCAUCACGCUGCCACGCCGCCGCCGUCGCCGCCGUCCUCGUCCUGACGCUGAUGCCGCUACUGCACCUGCUACGACCGGUGCGACAACCGAAAAUGCGGCUGCCGCUGAAGGAGCGACCGAGACGGACCGGAUGGGAGAUAUGCUUGCGGAGGAACAGAACUCGUAUGCGCGCCGCUCGAGCGGCACAGUGAUGUAA